GAACGUUUCGCAUCAGUAGUAGACGAGAACGGCCGCAUCCAGAAUGGCGAGCGCUGAAUCAGCUCCAGUCGCGCAGUCGAGGUCAUACGAUUUCGAAGUGCAGGUGAGAGAUGGCUGUGUACGUGAGCUAGCCAUAACAAACUUUGUGACGACGACGGCUACAUUUACGUGGAAUAUCCACCAGCUGAGGAGGUUGCCAAAAGGUAUAUUCGAAGCAUCGUCGCCAGUGUUUGAGCACCCCAGUGCCAGCAGAUGGAGCAUGGAACUGUCCAAAGACCACAACGAUGCCUUCUACCUGGGUUUCAUGCUGAUCUCUUCUGAGAAGGGAGUACCUGUGAGAGCCACCAUCAAGACCAAGGCCAAAUGCAAAGUUGGUCAAAUAAGAGAACUGCCUGUCAUAGAGUCUGAGCUGUUCAAAGUGGGCGAGGUGCAGCGGAAGGAAUGGCUGCGAGGAUUCAGCCAGCCGAAGGACGUGCAGUCAGACGAGCUACUGCUGGAGAGCGAGGUGGUCGUUGUGCGGUGCGUGGCGGAGUCCGCUCCAGGACCUGCCAGCAGUCUCAAGGGCGACCUGGCAACGCUGCUCGAGCUGGAGGAGGACGCUGACGUCACGCUGCUGGCCGGUUCCAGCCGGCAGCGGCUGAGGGCGCACUCGACGAUACUGCGCGCUCGCAGUCCUGUGUUCGCUUCCAGGUUGAAGUCACUGGAGGUAGCCACCAAAUCUGGCUACGUGAUAGACAUGCAGGACGUGAAUCCACGCGUGGUCAAGGAGCUGCUUCGCUACAUCUACACCGACAGUACUCCGGAGCUGUCUCAGAUGCCGGAGGAGCUGCUUGCCCUCGCCAACAGGUACGAGCUGAUGGGCCUGAUGAGAUGCUGUGAACAGGAGCUUUGCCAGAAGCUGACAGUGGACAAUGCUGCCCGGACCGCACUGCUAGGGGUGAAACACUCCUGCCUGACGCUCUUGCAGGUCGUUGUGCCAUUCAUCGAGCAGAGGUACGGAGAAGUGAUGGGCACCCCUGGAUGGACUGUCGCUGUCCGCACCGACCCCGAAGCCAUGGCAAGUGUCAGCCGACUCAUCUCCGAUGCUGCCAAGGGGCAGUUCAAAAUUCGACAUUAAUCUCACGUACUGCGUUUUACUGAGGAUAGGCACAAGCCAGUGAGGAAACAAAAAGUCUGAUGUACUCACUUUUCCUGUCCAGGCUGCAAAAGUUCGCACCACCCUCGAUGGCUACGGUCAGCCGUCUGAUCUCGGAUGCUGCCGUGGGGCAAUUCAGAAUUCGAACCUGUGCAGAAAUUUUUCUCCCCAAGUACUCGACUCGAAUACAAGUUUGGCUUCAAAAAACUGCUACAUGAAAUGGAAAUCAGCAACCUUCUUCAACAAAUUAAUAAAAGUUUGGAAAUUAGUAUUGCACCGUGCAACAGUCUAGUGGGGGGGGGGGGGGGGGGGGGAAAUUGGAGGAAUGUCCGCCACACUACUGCGGACUUGAUACCCAUCGUGUGCUGUGUGUCACUUUCCUGUAAGUCUUGUCAAUUUCGCAUAGUCAAAUCGGAAACUCUGACAGGACUUAUUAGUAGCUGGAAACCUAGGUCACUCAAGACUGUUGCUGUCUCAUCAACAAAUAUUAGGCUACUGUAUCAAUUUAUAAAACAGUCAAGAUCGCAAUAAUAAUUUAUUUAAAAACGAUGACCAGGUUCGGCCUUUAUACUGUCCAUUUUCAGAUCUAAUUCACUCUAAACAUAUAAAGAGCGCCGAGUACCAAAUUGCAGCUGGCCGAGGUGGCCGAGCGGUUCUAGGCGCUACAGUCUGGAGCCGCGCGAUCGCUACGGUCGUAGGUUCGAAUCCUGCCUCGGGCAUGGAUAUGUGUGAUGUCCUUAGGUUAGUUAGGUUUAAGUAGUUCUAAGUUCUAGGGGACUGAUGACGUCAGAAGUUAAGUCCCAUAGUGCUCAGAGCCAUUUGAACCAAAUUACAAAGGAAAGUCAGGGAAUAACAUAUGGUGCGAAAACAGAAAGAUGAACAAGAUUUAAAAUAAUAUAGCACAUACCCAUAUGGCUUCAGCCAAUGGUGCACAGAACGGUUGUGUGAAAUCAUGGUCGUUUACCGCUGCUGAUGGCUAAUGUGCCAAUCGUUACAUAGAAAGGAAAUGCGCGCUUAUUCCGCCUGACAUCCGCCUCAGACAAUGGUCAAUGGGUUACGUCAGGUGAGUUCAAAUGAACGAAUAAAAAUGUGAAAAAAAUAAAAAUGUUUGUACAACAUUAUACGAAAACUAGCUUAUAGAUAAGUAUACUAGUUAGCUGAUAAAAAUCAUGUAAGCUAAAAACAUUACAAAUUAAAAGAGGCAGUGUGAUAAGCUAUGUGGUAAUCAAUCGCCGCCUGGGGCCUUGUUUGGUACUUGCAGGGAUGUUAUUCCAUAACGACCUCAUCAUCAAAGUAGCUGCGGGCACUCGAAGAUGUAUCAGGAGGACGCCGUAUGUCGCUAUGGCGAUAGCAUGCGGCUUCAGUAUCCACUGGCAAGGAUGAAGCAGUGAGCCACCGCUGAUUGAAUUGGCAUUAGUGUGUUGAUAUGUUGUUACUAGCACCAGGACAUUUGUUGACAGUGCAUAAAGAACCUAGAAGGUCAAUCAUUAUACUGAAAAUAAAUACCUAAAAAUGUUAUCCCAUAAUGAAUAAUUGUGUGUAUAUGAUAGCACCGAAGAAUGUUGCUGUCUGAAGCGUUCGUUCAUUUGUAUGCAUGCAACAGAAAUCAUUGCCCAUUGGCAGUGGCUGACAUGAUAUGGCGUAGGUGUGCGUCUUCCACUCUAUUUAACUCAUGGCAGAUUAGUCAUCAGCAGCAGUAAACGACCCUGAUUUCACAUACGUGUUCCACGCACUGCCAGCUGCAGCCAUAUGGUUAAGUGCUGCAUUAUUCUAACACAAUGCUUUUUUUCUGACUUAUCUAUGUAAUUUGGUACUUGACACUCUUUAUAUCUUUACAGUGCAUUAGAUCUGAAGAUGAUUAGCAUAAAGGUCAAAACUGCUUCUAAAAAAUUAUUGCGACCUUGACUCUUUUAUUAAUUGAUAAUUUAUAAUAGAUCGCUUUCAAUUCCCCAAACCAUGCCAACUGCAGUUGGGCUACUAUGUCUUAUUUUGAAACCCUCUUCUCACUGGAUCGGUAAAGACGCCAUGGAGGAGUUAACCCUUUGUUGACCAUGUUGUUACUUCUAAUUUCUCAGCCAUGUAAAUGUACUGUACUUUGUAAUAUUCUGUUCAUGUCUCUCUGUUCUAUUAAAUUUAUAGUUCAUUGUCAAACACCUAGAAAACAAUUCUGUCUUGAAAUUAUUGUACACUUUUUUAUCUCCACAGUCCAAGAAAUACAGUACAAAUAUGACAUGGCAUUGCUUUUAGUUAAUUUUUAUAUAAUUCUACAUGAACUUUUUUAAUUUUGUUUGAUCUACAUUUAUCUGAUGUACUUAUAUGUAUGGUCAAUAGCUCUUAACGUUUUUCUUUUUCUUUAAGUCAAGUUGUAUUCAUCUUUUGCUUGAUUAAAUGCUUGGAAAAUUGUACAUUUUGUACUAUCCCUCCAUUCAAACCGUUUUUGGAAAUAUUAUUGGUUUCAUUUUAUACAUUCUGAGCUAUGAGUUGCAUUUUCAUCACCUUUGGUUUGUUAGAAAUAUUUUCCCAUAAAUUCCAAGACAAAUUUAGUAGUUGGUUCUAUAUAUAUUAUUAUAUUCUGUUGCAUUUGUUUACAAUUGAAAUCUGUAACGUAUUGUCCCACUGUUUCUCUUAUAAAUAAUCAAACAGAUUCUUGAAAUCAACAAAAAAUUAUGUUUGACUUGCUCCAUAGGUAAACUAGUAAAAUUUGAUAUAGUUUCACUUUGUAUGUAAUAAAAUGCUUUCUUAAG